AUGUCCGCCGCCACUCUGAGCGCAUACAAGGCCCAGCUCGGGCUCGCCGAGCGCCGCGCGGAGAGCGCCCGGCUUGUGGAGCGCCACCCGGGCAUGGUGCCUGUCGUGUGCGAGGCCGCGUCGUCGAAGGGCGGGCGUGUGUGCCACACGAUGGUGCCCACCGGCGCGACGGUCACGCAGCUGUGCGACGCGGUGCGUGCAGCGGCAGAGNUUGACGCCAGUGCCCCACUGGCACUGACGAUGGGUGACGGGGUGCCCUCCAGCUCUACGCUCGUCGGCGAGCUCUACGAACACUACAAGGAUGCCGACGGGUUUCUGUACCUCAGGUACACUGCCGAGAGCCAGUUUGGUUACUUUAACAUGUCCUGUCUGUCCGCUGGGACUUAA